GCCUUCCUUCUGCAAAGGGUAGAGAAAGGCAGCGAUGGCGGCCCUGGCGUCCGCCCGGGGCACAGGAAAACACCUAAGAAUCCCUAGAACAGCUAAGCCGAGGGGACCCUGAAUUCUGCCCCUUGGCAGCCGACCCCUCCGGCUCGCGACGCUCCUCCGGGUGCCGCAGCCGGAGCGCCCGGGAGGUAGCAGCCGGCGGGCCGGGGCGAGGGUGCCGUCCUGCAACAGCCGCAGGCCUUUGCCCGGCCCAGCCCGGCUGAGUGGGCUCGGGCAGGGACCAGCUUCUGUGCUCCUCCCCAGGCCUGCCCCGACCCGGCUCGGCGCGCCCCGGCGUGCGCCCUUUGCGUAAAGCCCUCCUCCCGGGCCAAGGUAGAGGAAGUUGGGCUCCCGCCUGGAUGGGCGGGAGGGAGCCCAGCUCCUGUUGUUUUCCGCCAGCGGGAGUGGGUGGCGGGCGCAGGGGGCGGGGUGCGCCCUCCCACCCCGGGCCGGGCGCUCGGGAGAGAGAAUCGCUCUCGGAGCCCAGAGCAGCUCCCAGCCUGUGACAUCGGGCUCACCCCAAGCAUCCUUCCUGGAGGUUGCGGAAAGUGGAGUUACUCUGUCGUUCCGAGGACCUGGGAGGAGCACUCAGUACCACCCCAGGGGCCGGAGUCCUUGGGGGCGCACACCCAGCCAAGCCGGAGCCUGCGUUUCCCGAGGGGCCCCUGCCCGCAUCUGGGGCGAGAUGGCCGCAGGCGUCCGGGCGUCCGAGCCCCGGGUCCUCGUCUGCCUCGGGGCGCUACUGGCCCGCUGGGUCGCCGCAGGACUGGAGGCUGUCGUCAUUGGAGAAGUUCACGAGAAUAUCACGCUGCGCUGUGGCAACAUCUUGGGACCGAGGGGCCUCAUAACCUGGUACCGCAAUGACUCGGAGCCUGUCUUCCUCCUGUCCUCCAAUUCCAGCCUCCCGCCAGCCCAACCACGCUUCUCUCUGGUGAAUGCCAGCUCCCUGCACAUGGAGGCGCUGAGCCUGCAGGAUGAAGGGAACUACACCUGCUGGGAGGUCCUGAACGAGACUCGGUGGUUCCAGGUGUGGCUGCAGGUGGCCAGAGGCCCCUAUCACGUUGCGGUCAACAUCUCCAGCACCGGCAGGCUCCCCAACGGCACGCUGUAUGCGGCCAAGGGCUCCCGGGUAGAUUUCUGCUGCAGCAGCAGCUCCUGGCCUCCGCCCAUGGUUGAGUGGUGGUUCCGGGCCCCGGAUUCUAGCACCGAGCCCUUCGGAAACAACCUGACGGCCAGCUGCUUCACGCUGUUACUGAUGUCACAGAACCUUCAAGGGAACUACAGCUGUUUGGCCACAAACAUGCUCGGCGGGAGACAUCGAAAGGUGACCACCGAGCUCCUGGUCUACUCGCCCCCUCCGUCAGCCCCUCAGUGCUGGGCAGAGCUGCCGCCAGGAUUGUUCACGCUGCAGCUCAGCUGUCGCUGGGCCGGAGGAUACCCAGACCCAGACCUCCUGUGGACAGAAGAGCCAGGAGGUGUGGUUAUGGGGAUGUCAAAGCUGGGGGUUGAGAUGCUGAACCAGCCCCAGCUGUUGGACGGCAAGAAGUUCAAGUGUGUCGGGAGCCACAUAGUGGGGCCGGAGUUGGGAGCCAGCUGUGUGGUACAGAUCAGGAGCCCCUCCCUUCUCUCUGAGCCCAUGAAGACUUGUUUCGUGGGAGGCAGUGUGACGCUCACCUGCGAAGUGUCUGGAGCCUACCCCCCAGCCAAGAUCCUGUGGCUGAGCAACCUCACCCAGCCGGAGGUCGUCAUCCAGCCCAGCAGCCACCACCUCAUCACCCAGAGUGGCCAGAGCUCCACCCUCACCAUCCGCAACUGCUCCCAGGACCUGGACGAGGGCUACUAUGUCUGCCGGGCUGAGAACCCCGUGGGGGUGAGGGAGGUGGACAUCUGGUUGAGCGUGAAAGAACCUGUAAACAUCGGGGGAAUUGUGGGCACCAUCGUGAGCCUCCUUCUGCUGGGACUGGCCAUUAUCUCUGGGCUUCUGUUGUACUACAGCCCUGUGUUCUGCUGGAAAGUAGGAAGCACUUUCAGGAGGCAAGACAUGGGUGAUGUCAUGGUUUUGGUGGAUUCAGAAGAGGAAGAGGUGGAGGAGGAGGAAGAUGCUGCAGAAGAGGAAGAGGAGGAAGCAAGUGAGAGGGACGAGUCUCCAAAAGAAGUAACCAAGUACGGCCACAUCCACAGAGUGACCGCACUGGUGAAUGGGAAUGUGGACUGGAUGGCCAAUGGACUCCAGGCUCUGCAGGAUGACAGCAGUGAGCAGCAGAGUGACAUCAUUCAAGAAGAAGACAGGCCAGUUUGAGGAAGACAACUGUCCUUUGUUAUCCUGUCUCAAAAGCUUGGAAAGCUACGUCGAAGAUGAGUUUUAUAUUGUGCUUCACUUGACUUGCAUCCCUGCCUGAGGGCUGAAAACGGUUUGUGGCUCUCAGCAAAAAAAAGGAAAACACACACACAUCUUUCCUUCCUUUUUUCUUCUUUUUUCUAAAUUGGUUUGAUUUACUGUAAGUUUUCUCAACAAUGCUGAAAAGCUUUGGAACGGGCAGUGUUGGGGGGAAAGCUGCAUUUGGUAUCUGAGGUGCCCCUGUCGCUGUGCCCCUGGCUUUCUCCAGGUUGACUGAUGCUGAGAUGGGGGAGGCACUUGGCCUCGGCGCCCUUUGUCACUGUUAAAGGUCUGUAACCAGCUCGCCCCAGCACACAAGGGAAUACUGUGGGGUGAUAAGGACACUUCCUUUUUCACUGCCCAGGUGAGCUGAGGAACCAGGCACACAUCAGCUCUCUGGAAAAGGUGAGGGGGGUCAGCUACUGAUCCUAAUCCGAGGGAGGCACUUUGGUUCGGGUUUUGAGUCGGAAACACCUGGUCUUGAAUCUGGACUCUGCUCCUUACCUGUUUCAUGGGCUUGGGCAGGUCCUGAGCCUCGAUUUCUUCAUCUGUGAAAUGGGUGAAAUCACACCUAUCUUACAGGGUUAUGGUGGGGACCAAGGUACUUCAGGGUGUGAGCGUGCCUCGGAGGUGCUCCGUAGAUGUUAGUUAUCUUCUCCUUUGCCUUCCUUAGCGGAAGAAGAAAAAUGUCAACUGUUCAGUUACAAACUGCUGCCUGGGCCUUCCAUUCUCUGUAGAAUAUUACAGACCAGGGCAUCAUCAGCGCUCUCCUGGGGAUUUUUGCCUUCCUGGAGAUAGAAUUCUUUUCAAAAGAGGUAGGGGCUGAUAAGAGGAAGCGCCUUUCAUUAGAAUCUCGGAUUUUCCAGAGCUUCAUGUUUAGAAAAGCCUCUUAGGUGAUGCACUAUUAGCUUUCAGACUUUCCCAUCCUUCCUUUCUCCUGUGGCUUUGAAAAAGGCAAGGAGAAAUGUUUUGUAACAGAGUAGAUCAGGUCGUCUGGCCUUGGUUUCUUGAUCUUGGAAAUGGGAAUGGGAAAGCUUGUUUCCUUCCUACUUCUUAAGGAAGAUACGCUGCUCAAUAAUGCUAAGUUUUGAAUGAAAAUAACAUAUGAUGAGUUUAAGCUGCUGCUGUUCCCUGUACAGUUUAGAGAUUUUUUUCUUUCUAAUUUCAUCGUAAUCUCUUAAAUGUCAGGGACCUUCUAAGGGUGUAAAAUAUGUGUGCUAAACUUGAAAAUCUGACUUGAAUUUGUACCCUUCAAUGUUGCAUAUCCUGCUCUGAUGGGCAUGACUUAAAGGGGAACUUCCCUCUCCAAUAACAGGACUUGGGACUCCUAAGAUGAGAAGUGUGUUACCUGCAGGGUUACCUUGCAGGUGUGGUUGGAGCAGGUCCACUUUCUUGGAUGAAGGAACUAAACUGAGGGAGUCACUAGAAGUGAGCCCUGUCCCCAGCUCAGAACACUGGGGAGGUCAGAGGCUGGCUCCAAUGUCUACCCGUCAGGGAUAGCUGUGACCUGCAGUUCUCUUGUUGGGCUGGGUCUUUCGCUGCGUGGAACCUCACAUUCUUAACCACUCUAACCAGUCUAAGUUAGUGUCAUUUCAGAACGGAUACUUGACAGGUUGUGUUUAAACUCACUGCACGCUGAGCUGGUCUCUGGAUCCAACAGUCCACCCUGCAGAGGCGACCAUACUUAAAAAGGGAAACAGCAAAGAAACUAUUAGGAAAAAAAAAAAAAUCCCUAGCUGGGAAUGCAGAGAAUGAUUUGCAAGAUCACUGAGAUGCUUCCUGCGACUUCCUCUUCUCCUGCGUGCACACCAAAUGAUAGGGAAAUCUUCGAGGCAGGAUUUUUCCACUAGUAAAUGGGAGCUUCAGGGUCUUGGUGCCAAACAUUAUUAACCCUUGUCCAGCUGAGCUGUGAUUGUUGUCACUUAUAUCUGAGCCCUGUGUGCACAGAUAAUAUUGCUGGGUCAGUUAAGAGCUGAGGUACUGGGAGGGUCUUCAAGCUUUAAGGAUUUUAAAGAAUUAGGGCUUUUUUUCUUUUCUUUAAGAUGACCCAUCCCCAACUCCACCAGUACGUUGACAGCGGGUUACAGACUUUCUGUGGCAAAGUCCAACUUGUUACAUUGUGCUUUAAAAUAAAAUCUUAUCUGAAUGUAUUGUGAACUGGAGACGAAGAGAUAUACUUACCAGAACCAGGAAGAUAAAUACUUCCAGGCCAUCGCAGCUGACAUUCCUUUUCCUCAAAACCUGGUGGACAUUGGGAAAGGGGCUGUCUUAAUCCUGUGGCUUUGAUAGCAGCUCCCAGUCUCACAAGCACACACCAACCCUAUUAUUGCAGCAGGAAAGCCCAUGAUGGAAAAUUUCCCUAACCCAGGCACUGAAACCUGGAAAAUCAUCCUUGCUGGGUAAAGUUUAUUAUGAUGCAACAUGUGCCAACCGGUAUUUCUCACCAUGGUCCUGGCCAGGAACUGCUGCAAAAAGAACAAAACAGAUCCCUCUGCAUUAUUUACAUUUUAAUAAUUGGUGUGGAGGCGAGGUUGGGAGAAAUUCAUUCUGAGGUUAUAAUACGGAUUUUUUUAAGAUAAUGGAAUAAAGUUAUUUUUAAAUAAAUGCUUUAGUCAUCUUCAUUUAGACCUGAUUAAUAAACUGAAAGAUUUGGGGAAGUGGAUUUGCUGCCCACAAUUUUUGUUUUUUUAAUUAGCUUUCCCAAUAUUGGUAACAAUAUUGUCUUCCUUGCCGUGUUAUUCUUUUCCACGACUUGUAGAUCCUACCCACCCUCUCAUCUCUCCUAAACUCCUCGAGAAAUUUGUUCUCCAUUGUUUUCUUGCUACAUACCCUCAAACACACGCCUCUUUUUGGUCAGAUUGUUUUAUUUAUUUAUUUAUUUUUGGUGGCGUUGGGUCUUCGUUGCUGUGCGUGGGCUUCCUCUAGUUGUGGUGAG